AUGGAAAUCGACUUGGACCUCCGGUCUAUCGAGUGCCAUCGGGCCCUCCACGUGUGGAUCAUUGAGAACCUGAAGAUGGUGCCGGUACCUGAGAAGGCUUAUGGAAACUUCUUCCAAGGACACUGCUAUAUUGUCCUCCACGUCCCCCAGAACCCAAAGGCUCCCCGGGGGCCAUCCAGCAACCUGCACUAUUGGGUUGGUGAGGCAGCAAGCAAGGAGGCGCAGGAAGCAGCGGAGACCUUUGUGCAGCGUGUACCGCAGGCUCUGGGAGACAGGGCUGUGCUGCACCGCGAGGUCCAGGGCCACGAGUCUGACUGCUUCCUCAGCUACUUCCACCCCGGAAUCCUCUACAGGAAGGGAGGCCUUACCUAUGGCCUCAAGCAUGUGGAGACCAACGUUUAUAGCAUACGGAGACUGCUGCACAUCACAGGGAGGAAACACGUGGAUGCCACAGAGGUGGCGCUCUCCUGGAACAGCUUUAAUGAGGGCGACAUCUUCCUGCUGGACCUGGGCAAGGUGAUGAUCCAAUGGAACGGGCCGCAGUCCAGUAGCUCCGCAAAGGCUCGGGGGCUGGCCCUGACCUGCAGCCUCCGGGACAAGGAGCGCGGUGGUCGUGCACAGAUUGGCGUGGUGGAUGACGAGGGCGAUGCCCCGGAGCUCAUGCGGAUCAUGGAGGAGGUGCUGGGUGGCCGACGGGGGAACCUCCGUGGCGCCAUGCCCAGCGAGCGUAUUAACCAGCUGCAGAAGGCCAACGUCCGCCUCUACCAGAUAGACCACGUUGAACCCUGCCUAGACUCGUGUACGUCGGUGCCAGUACAGCUGGAUGUGGGGCAGCUGCCCAGCCGACCGGAGCUAGCAGCCAAGCUCAGGAUGGUGGACGAUGGGUCUGGGAAGGUGGAGGUGUGGUGCAUCCAGGACGUAGGCAGGCAGCUCCUGGACCCCAAGCAUCAUGGGCAGUUGUGCGCAGACAACUGCUACCUUGUUCUCUACACAUACCAGAAGCUGGGCCGCACCCAGUAUAUCCUGUAUCUGUGGCAGGGCCACCAGGCCAGCCCCGACAUGAUCCAGGCCCUGAGCCGCAACGCUGAGGAGCUGGACCUCCUGUAUGUCAGCGCUCUGGUGCAGGUGCACGUGACCAUGGGGAGCGAGCCCCCCCACUUCCUCGCCAUGUUCCAGGGCCAGCUGGUGGUCUUCCGGGGGGUUGCCAGGCAUGGCGGGAAGGAGUGGUCAGUAUCUGCCACCCGGCUCUUCCAUGUGCGAGGCUCCGACAGCCACAACACCAAGACCAUGGAGGUGCCAGCCCGAGCCUCCUCCCUCUGCUCCAGGGACGUCUUCCUGCUGGUCACCCCGGGCAGUUGCUACCUCUGGUUUGGGAAGGGCUGCACCGGUGACCAGCGUGAGAUGGCUCGUACGGUGGCCUCUCUCCUCUCCGGGGAAAACACAGACAUAGUGCUGGAGGGCCAGGAGCCCCCGCCCUUCUGGGAGGCCUUGGGGGGCCCAGCUCCCUACCCCAGCAAUAAGAGGCUCCCUGAGGAGGCCUCCAGGUUCCAGCCACGCCUGUUCGAGUGCUCAAGCCCAGAGGGCUGCUUGGUCCUCACGGAAGUGGUGUUCUUCAGCCAGGAGGACCUGGACAAGUAUGACGUCAUGCUGUUGGACACCUGGGAGGAGAUCUUCCUGUGGCUGGGGGAAGCUGUGAGUGACCAGAAGGAGGCGGCGGUGGGCUGGGGCCGGGAGUACCUGAAGACCCACCCGGCGGGGAGAAGCCCAGCCACAACCAUCGUGUUGGUCAAGCAGGGCCUGGAGCCCCCUACCUUCACUGGCUGGUUCCUCACGUGGGACCCCUACAAGUGGACCGUGAGGCCUGAACCCUGUGAGGAGGUGGAGGGCAGCCUGGGAACAGCGUCCAACCUCUCCACUCUAACAGUGGAAAUCAACCACUUCCAGCUGUCCAGCUCAUUGGGGAAUGGCCCUCCGGGGCCCUUGACCUUACGGGCCCUCCAGGGCUCCCAGGAGGCCUCAGAGAAUGAGCUGGAGCUGGGCCCCAAGGCGGCCAGCAUCAGCACCAGCACUGGCAGCACCAGCUCCCUGGUCAGUGGGGUCCUGCCCCGCGAACGGCUCCUGAACCAGGCCGCUGAGGACCUGCCAGAGGGCGUGGACCCGGCCCGCAAGGAGUUCUACCUCUCGGACUCUGACUUCCAAGCCAUCUUCGGGAAGUCCAAGGAAGACUUCUACCGGAUGGCCUUGUGGCGACAGCAGCAGGAGAAAAAGCAGCAUGGUUUCUUCUGAGCCCAGGCCCUGCGAGAGGCACCUCGUGACCAAGGCCCAGCCCAACAAGCCACACUGGAGUCCCUGGGGAGGCCGAG